AGUGCGUCGCCGCCGCCCGCUAGCUCGCUGCCUCGGUGCUGCGGACCGGUCUGAGCCAUGGCCGAGGUUGUGCCGGCCUCCCUGUCGGGGAGCGCGGGCGGCCGGAGCCUGCACAGCGGCAUCAUUCAGUGGUUGGUGGACAAUUUCUGCGUCUGCGAAGGGUGCAGUGUGCCUCGCUGCCUCAUGUACGAGAUGUACGUGGAGACCUACGGGCAGGAUGCUCAGAACCAAGUUAACCCCGCCAUGUUCGGGAAGCUUGUGCACUUGGUUUUUCCUGAGCUUGGUACCCGAAGGCUGGGCACGAGAGGAAGUGCCAGGUAUCACUAUGAUGGAAUCUGUAUCAAGAAAAGCUCGUUCUUCUAUGCCCAGUAUUGCUACCUUCUGGGUGAAAAACGGUAUCACAGUGGAGACAUCGCUGCCUUUGAAAAAUCUACUAAUUAUAACAGCAUCCUCCAAGAAGAAGGAGCAUGUGACAGUCGUUCACCGAUAAAGACAGACCCCGCUGGACCACCUCUGUCUGAGUUCAGGAGAUGCCCAUUCUGGGAGCAGGAGCUGGCCAAGAAGUACUCCUGCACAACGCUGGCCUUUCUUGCUGACAAAUACUGCGGCUACUGCCAAGACGUUUUACAAAAUGUGAGGAACCAAGACCUCGAGAAGGUGGAGGACUCACUCACUUCCUUCUGGAAGUCCCUGCAGCAGGACACGGUCAUGCUUCUGUCACUGCCCGACGUGUGCCAGCUCUUCAAGUGCUAUGAUGUGCAGCUGUACAAGGGGAUUGAGGACGUGCUCCUGCGUGACUUUCUGGAAGAUGUGUCCCUUCAGUACCUAAAAUCUGUCCGGUUAUUUAGCAAGAAGUUUAAGCUGUGGCUUCUCACGGCUCUGGAAGGUUUCCCAGCCCUCUUACAGAUCUCCAAACUCAAAGAUGUUACCGUGUUUGUCAAAAGACUGGGAAGAAAGAUCUAUCUUUCCAACAUGGCUAAGACCAUGAGAAUAGUGCUGAAAAGCAGCUGGCGGGCCAGCACCCUGAAGUCGGACCUCCAUGCCAUCAUCUGUCAGGGCACUUGGGAUGUUCUCGAGACGGCCCCGCAGGGGAGCUGGAGCAGCGCGGAUGAUCCGGAGGAGAACACGGAGAUGAAAUGUUUGAGCAGUUUAAUUUCUUUGCUGGGGACGUCAACAGACCUCAGCGUGUUCCUGAAUUGUCUGUCUGCAAAUCUCCAAGCACGGGUCUUCCAGCCAAGCAGAAGCAGAGAGGAGUUUAUGAGACUGGCUGCCACUUUCCAGCUGAGAUGGAAUUUCCUCCUCACGGCCGUGAGCAAAGCCAUGACCCUCUGCCACAGGGACAGCUUCGGCUCCUGGCACCUGUUUCAUUUGCUGCUUUUGGAAUACAUGAUUCACAUAAUUCAGUCGUGCCUAGAAAAGGAAGAGGAGGACAAGGACAUGGGAAAUCUGAAGGACAUGCUACCGGAUGACCAGCCUCCUGUCCCACCAGACCAGGAGCCCUUCCACCGUCCAGAUGGCUCACCUGCUCAGGAGCCUGAAGUCCUGGGUGCGGACCUCCCCCGGGUGACGCUGAGACACAGGAGCCAGGACGGAUGUGACCCGGCUGGGAACAGUGUGGUGGUCAGGGUCCCGGGCUUCCUGGUGGACACCACCACCAGCAAUAAGCUCAUCCAGAUAUUGUUGGAAGAUAAGGCCACGGAAAGCACCAUCAAACUCAGCCUUCCUCUGGGACAGGAAACCCUCAUCACCCUGAAUGAUGGACAGAAAUUUGUGAUCCACAUAUCAGAUGUGUUAGUAUGUGAAAAUAUUUAUUUUAGGGAAAGUGAUGCUAAUGUGUAAGAUUAGUUAUUUCACUAGGACACAAGGAAACAGAUUUUCUAUUCUUAAAAAUGUAUUAAGUGCUGAAGCUUUUGUAUUGAUGAGAAAGAAGAUUUUAGGUGCGUAAUAGAUGUAGCACUAUUUUAUGCUUAUAUGUGUUUCAAGG